CUUGACAACAUGCCCAACUCUGAUUUGCUUGUUGCUUCUCCCCCCGUUUCUUUGUCUCCUCAAGUGGUUGUCCGUGAUGGAAUACCCAAUUCUGAUUUGCCUGUUGUUUCUCCCCCCGUCUCUUUGUCUCCUCAAGUGGUUGUCCCUGAAGAAAAUCCACUGGGUGAUGACGAAGUUGACGGGGUUUUAGCAUCCAUGGAUAUGGAUUUCAAUACCCCGCCGUCUUCCCCACCUGUCUCCUUUCUUCAAUCUUGGACGAUUUCAGAAUUUCAGAGGAUUGAAGAUAGGAGAAGAUCCAAUCUAUUACGUGGAGUGCAGCUGAAAACUCGGCACGAAAAAUUUAAGAAAAACCGACAGAAUGCUGAAGCUGCUUUGGAAAGAUCUAAGCGGAAUGAGGCAUGGGCCAAAAAGGAGCUGGCCUCAUUCCGCUCCAAAAUGUGCAAGGAUGAAGCUGAGGCACAGAGAAUGUUUGGAGAUGUGAUUUAGAUGUUUUUUUUUCGAUUUGUUUAAUUUUUUUUCUUUGUUUUUUCUUUGUUAAUUUUGUUGAUUUGUUGGUUAUUGAUCAGUAAUAAACAGAGUAUUAGAAUAUUCAUUUAGUUUGCUUUUUUUAUUUUUCCAACUUCAUAAUUGAUGUUCUUAAUAUUUUAAAAUCCAUAUAAGUACGUAGCACUACUUCUCUUUGAUUCUUGA